ACUGGCCAGCUCAGCCAGAAACUCCGUCCUCCCUCCCGGGCCGGAAAGUGCGACUCGCCGGAGCCUGGAGGGACCCUGUGGGAGCCUGGCCUGGGAGCCAGGAUGGCCAUCCACAGAAGCUUGCUGACAUGCCUGGGACUGCUUCUCUUCCUGUUCCCAGGGGCACAGGCCCAGAACCAUGCCCCCCCUGGCUGCAACCCGGACCUCAACCCCCUCUACUAUAACCUGUGUGACCGCUCUGGCGCUUGGGGCAUCAUCUUGGAGGCAGUGGCUGGGGCGGGUGUGGUCACCACUUUUGUCCUCACCAUCAUCCUGGUGGCCAGCCUUCCCUUUGUGCAGGACACCAAGAAGCGGAGCCUUUUGGGGACCCAGGUGUUCUUCCUGCUGGGGACCCUGGGCCUCUUCUGCCUCGUGUUUGCCUGCGUGGUAAAGCGUGACUUCUCCACCUGUGCCUCUCGGCGGUUCCUCUUUGGGGUCCUGUUCGCCAUCUGCUUCUCCUGCCUGGUGGCCCACGUCUUUGCGCUCAACUUCCUGGCCCGAAAGAACCACGGGCCCCGGGGCUGGGUGAUCUUCGCCGUGGCUGUGCUGCUCACCCUCGUGGAGGUGAUCAUCAACACCGAGUGGCUGCUCAUUACGCUGGUCCGGGGAGUUGGCGAGGACAGCGCUGUGGGCAACGGCAGUGGCCGCGGGGCCGUGGCCUCCCCCUGCGACAUUGCCAACAUGGACUUCGUCAUGGCGCUCAUCUACGUCAUGCUGCUGCUGCUGGCUGCCUUCACGGGGGCCUGGCCCGCCCUGUGCGGCCGCUUCAAGCGCUGGCGCAAGCACGGGGUCUUCGUGCUGCUCACCACGGCCACCUCCAUCGCCAUCUGGGCGGUGUGGAUCGUCAUGUACACCUACGGCAACCGGCAGCACAACAGGCCCACCUGGGACGACCCCACGCUGGCCAUUGCCCUCGCUGCCAAUGCCUGGGCCUUCGUCCUCUUCUAUGUCAUCCCUGAGGUGUCCCAGGUGACCAAGGCCAGCCCAGAGCAAAGCUACCAGGGAGAUCUGUACCCCACCCGGGGCGUGGGCUACGAGACCAUCCUGAAGGAGCAGAAGGGCCAGAGCAUGUUCGUGGAGAACAAGGCAUUUUCCAUGGACGAGCCAGCCUCAGCCAAGAGACCAGUGUCGCCGUACAGUGGGUACAACGGGCAGCUGCUGACCAGUGUGUACCAGCCCACGGAGAUGACCCUGAUGCACAAAGGCCCGUCCGAGGGAGCUUACGACAUCAUCCUCCCACGGGCCACCGCCAACAGCCAGGUGGUGGGCAGUGCCAACUCGACCCUGCGGGCUGAAGACAUGUACGCGGCUCAGAGCCACCAGACAGCCACCGCGCCAACAGAUGACAAGAACUCUCAGGUCUUUAGAAACCCCUACGUGUGGGACUAAGCCGAGGCCAGCAGGCUGCGGGCAGAUGCAGGGAGGGCCCUUGGGACCUGGCCUGAGCCAGGGACUACCCAGAGCCCUGGGCCCUCCUGCCCCGCAGCUGCUCCCUGUCCCCCCUCGAGGGCUCAGGGCAGCUUGUGCCUCAGCUGUGAGGCCCUCCCUGUGGGCCAGCGUUUAGGGGGGUGUCCCAGGGCCCCUGCCCACUCCUCAGUGUUUGUGGAGUCCAGGAGCCAACUCGGGCUUCGUGCCAGGGUCGCCUCCAGUGGUCACGCUCCAGCCAAAUAGUGUUCUUCUUGGGGUGGUGGCCUCUCAGCACCUACAUUCUCUGGAGUCUUCGGAGAUUCCUGCGACCUCCAGAGAUCUCACAGCGCUUCCUGCCCUGGGUCCUGCUCCUCUGUGAGGAACAAGGGCCUAAUAAACACAUUUCUGCUUUAUUAACCGCUCC